GGCAAAACGUUCGACUUCCAGAGGUUUGUUUUGAGCAGGCCAUUGAUACCCAGAGAUCCACUCCUUUAAAGACACAUCUGCAGAAGUGGCAAAAUGUAGACAGUUUAGAAUUACAACACUUUAUCAUAUUCCAUUGAACCAAUUAUGUGCAGUUCAAACACUAUACCCAAGUACAGAUGUAUGUAGUUGUCGCUGAAAAUCAUACUUUGUCGUUCUAACGCUCAUAUCUGUCGGGAGAAGUAGUCGUGAUUCAUAAACAAAAAUGGUCGUGAUGACUACCUGUUUAGUCGUUUAAAAGCUUCUGUAUUUAGCACCUAAUUUGUUGUUAAUACCCCUUUUAUUGUCGUAAGACUUGCCUGUCGUUCAAACCACCUUUUUUGUAGUUCGAUUAAAUAUUUCCCUUUUAAUUAAUUCCCCAGAAGAACAACAAAAAAAAAAAUUAUAAGCCAGACCAUAGAACCAUCUGCUGUGUUCAUUCGAACCAGUACAUACAUAUGUAUGUUCAAAUGACGUAUGUGCACAUAUGCUAUCAAACUGUCACUUCGACCACAUUUCCCUAUUUUCCUUAAUUUAGUAUACACAGAACAUAUUGUUUCAACAUAAAAUUCGUGAAAAACGCGGAAAAUUUAUCAGAAAAUUUUACAAUUGCUUGUUCAAACAUCGACUCAUCAGCUUUCAACUCAAUUUUGAUAUUUUCAAUUCAAUACUGUUUCCACACUCGCUGAAAGAUCAUCAACCAUGUUUUCCGUGAUUUUUCUCAUCCUGCUAGCGCAGCAAUUCGCGACAAAAGGUGAAUUGAUCAAAGACCCUUCGCUCAAACCAGCAGAUCCGUUUGUGGUAUCGGAUGACGCCGAGGUCAUAAAAAAAGAAAUACACGACGAUGUCUGCACGGACCGUGAUAAAAUAGCUAAAAUCAUAUUUCACAGCACGAUCGACCAACGUCAAGAACUUUAUGAUUUUUACAACGAGAAGUAUUUUGCAUAUGUUAAUAGAUACGGCAAAAGAACUUAUUCAACAACCCUAUACCGAGAUCUGCUGAACAUAUCAAAUGAUAAUCUACAAGACUUAUACAUGUUGGUUUUCAAAAGAUACGAAGCUCUGUUGGGUAACACGUUGCACUCGGCAAUAGCAGGCAACUGGAAAGAAGGAGGGGUCGUCGAAGAAAUAGUCUGCGCCAACGAUAAAGAAAUGAAGGAUCUUAUCCAAGAACAUUACAAAGCAGCUUUCCAAUGCACUGUAGAAGAUCAUUUGAAAUUAAUUCAUAAAGAUGAUCAAGCUUAUCAAGAAGUUAUACACAAGUAUUGUUGGCAAUCACUUUGUCAAGAAAAGAAAAUGAAACCGGAAGAUAUCGAUAAAGAAGUAAAAGCUUUACAAGACAUCGAUCCAAAAAAAGAUAAAGAAGGAUUUAAAAAGAAACUUAAAGAGUUAUUGGAUAAAAACUGCGAACCAGAUCUUAAAGAAAUAUUCAACAAGUACAAAAAAGACAAACACAGAAUUUCAGACGCAGUAGACGAUGCCUUCGAUGGAGACGAAAAAACAGCAUUCAAUGUCUUAGUCAGAUAUAUCGAAAACACUUGUAUGUUCUACGCUGAUGAACUAUACCACGCUGUUCAUGGAUUUGGAACUGAUAUCGAUAAAAUCAACAGAAUUGUCUUGACAAGAUGUGAACUGAUAUGCUUUGCAUUUUCAAUGAGUACAAAACGAAACGAGGCGAAACAUUCACCGAACGUCUCGAUGAAGACACUUCUGAAGAUCGUUAUUUGGAAUCCAUUCGAUAUCUUUGUGGAAAGCCAUAGAUCUGUAAUAAUUCCGCGUUGUUAAAACGGCUUAGAAACCGAAAUUUCGACAGUUCAUGCGAAGUUCUACAUAUUUAUACAUAGUAAUAUUAACCUACUGUAAUCCAAAAUAUAAAUAAACAUAUUUGAAUAUUUCCACUAAUACAUACA